GUAAAACGACCCCGUAUAGCUGUGGAUCGGCGGUUUAUCGUAUACUAAUAAAGUGCUCUUGGCGGCAGCGUUUACCGGCAAAGUCGUUUGCUCAGGCGGUGAAGAAAUUAAGAAACUGAGAAAAUAUGGGAGUGCAAGGGCUUUGGGAGCUGCUCGCUCCCGUCGGUCGCCGCGUCUCUGUUGAAACACUAUCCGGAAAACGAUUGGCCAUCGAUGCGAGUAUAUGGAUGGUACAGUUUAUAAAGGCGAUGCGGGACGAAAAGGGAGAUAUGGUUCAGAACGCUCACUUGAUCGGUUUUUUCCGGAGGAUUUGCAAGCUUCUGUUCCUAAGGACUAAGCCCGUUUUCGUCUUUGACGGAGGCACUCCGGCAUUGAAACGCCGCACUGUCAUUGCGCGCCGUCGUCAGCGUGAGAACGCCCAGACGAAAAUCCGAAAGACGGCUGAGAAAUUGCUGCUUAAUCGGCUCAAGGAUAUGAGGCUUAAGGAACAAGCCAAAGAUCUUAAGAACCAAAGGUUGCAGCAGAAUGUUAGUGCUGGAGAGAAGAAGAAACGUGUAACUUCAGAAUCUGUGCAAGAACCUUUGCGAGACUCUGUGGAGAAAGAUGCUGUGGGGAGCAGUUGUUUUCAGGAGGAAAAGCUAGAUGAGAUAACUCCCGCAUCUAUGGUGGGAGAAAAUGGUGUUGACAAUAUCAUCAAAGGGUCCACGAACUAUGAUCCGAAGGGAAAGAGAAUUUUACUGGAUGGGGAUGACCUAGAUAACAAAAUGAAGACUAAUCUUGAACAGGAUUCCUCAGCACGGACAAAGGAUUAUCAGGAAAAGUUGGAUGAGAUGUUAGCGGCAUCCCUUGCAGCAGAAGAAGACGGAAAUUUUACUAACGAAGCAUCGUCUUCAGCUGCAGCUAUCCCAUCUGAGGAAGAGGGCAGCGAAGAAGAUGAGCAAAUUCUUUUGCCAGUAAUGGACGGAAAUGUCGACCCAGCUGUUUUGGCUUCUCUUCCUACAUCCAUGCAACUUGAUCUCCUUGCUCAGAUGAGAGAAAAAUUGAUGGCAGAAAACCGGCAAAAGUACCAAAAGGUCAAGAAGGCCCCUGAAAAAUUUUCCGAGCUGCAAAUAGAAGCAUACCUUAAAACAGUAGCCUUUCGUCGAGAAAUAAACGAAGUUCAGAGAUCUGCCGGUGGAAGGGCUGUCGGUGGUGUUCAAACUUCUAGGAUAGCUUCUGAAGCGAACAGAGAGUUUAUCUUCUCAUCUUCCUUUUCUGGGGAUAAAGAUGUACUUGCGUCUGCCAGAGAAGGAAGAAAUGAUGAAAAUAAGAAAAAUACGCCACAACAGUCUUUGCCAGUCCCUUUUAAGAAUGUUUCUUCUCGGAAGAAAUCAGAUGCUACUAUUGAUUUGGAUAGAGAUGAACCCGCGAAUCCUGAUGAAAAUAUUGAAGUAUAUAUAGAUGAAAGGGGCCGCUUAAGAAUAAGGAACAGACACAUGGGGAUCCAAAUGACUCGUGAUAUCCAGAGGAACUUACAUUUGAUGAAAGAAAAGGAGAAAACAGCUUUUGGUUCAGUGUCUAACAAUGAUGAAACACUCAGCGCCUGGGAAAACUUUCCUUCUGAGGACCAGUUUCUUGAAAAUUUACCUGUUAAGGAAGGUGAUGUUGUGAAUCUGGAUAACCAGAAUGAUGAUUCCAUGCUACGAAAUCCAUCUGCGAUAGAGAUAUCAUUUGAAGAUGAUGGUGGGGGGAAAGAUCUGAAUGAUGAAGAUGAUAUGUUUCUUCAGUUGGCAGCGGGAGGACCAGUGACAUUUAAUUCUAAAGAAAACGAUUCUAAAGAAGAAGACUCUUCACCGUGGGCUUCUGACAGUGACUGGGAAGAAAUGCCGGCUGGACAGAAUAAUGUUGCCUCUAAGCUUGAAGUGAAUUCAAGCAAUCAGCAUAUCCCCGAGGAUAUUAGUACUGAUGAGGAUGCAGCAACUACUUGUGAAAAUGCCAGCAACUCCAUGGAGAAUGAUACAGUAACACAGUUCUCAAAAGGCUACCUGGAAGAAGAAGCUGAUCUGCAGGAGGCUAUCAAGAAAAGUCUUCUUGACUUAGGUGAUAAGGAAUCCGGGGAUAUCUUUUUUGAAGAAAAUCAAACGGUAGGGGUAAAUCUAGUUCUUGACAAGCCGACUCAAAAUAGUGUGUGUUCUAGUGAUACCGUUGGUGAAGCUGAUCGAGAGGGAAAUCUGGACGAAAUAACAAUCUUGAAAACUAGUGGUGCUAUACAAGAGCAGUCCAACGCUUCUGUAACGGACAAUGUAGAUGGUCAGAGAGGGAUAACCAAACAAUUUGGUACACAGCCUUCUUCCAGUUCUGAUAAGAAAAUUCCACAGGUUAAGUCAGUUAUCUCACCCGACAAAAAAAUUAUUAUUGCUAGUGAGAGCAGCAUGCUGUCCACCAUGGCUAAACAGCAAAAUGAAGAGGGUUCUGAAAGUAUAGGUGAGGAAUCUGUCAAUGUGUCUGCUAUGUCCGUAGCUGAUGAGGACAGAACUGUUUUCUUGGGCGAGGCACCUAUUCGCGGUAGUGUGGAAAAAGGUAAUGAUAGUGACUUAUCUUUCAUGAUGGAUGAUAAGAGAGAAUAUAGAAGAGAUAAACCCCAGAGUCCUGUCACUGAAUCAGUGGACCCUUCUCGUGGUGAUAUCAGAUCAAGCAUAGGGAUACUGUAUGAAACAGAUUCACAGCAAGAAACAAGGGAGGAAAAUAACUCUAACGACCGCGCUUUCAAUAUUGAGAGUUCAAUAGAUUUAGAGGAGAAAGAGGUGCCUGUUGAAUUUUCAGAGGCAAAUUUGGAGGAGGAAAUGCGAGUACUCGACCAAGAAUAUGUAAGUUUAGGUGAUGAACAGAGGAAACUUGAGCGGAAUGCCGAAUCUGUUAGCAGUGAGAUGUUUGCAGAAUGCCAGGAGCUACUCCACAUAUUUGGCGUACCAUACAUCAUAGCUCCCAUGGAAGCGGAGGCACAGUGUGCAUUUAUGGAACAAUCAAACCUUGUUGAUGGCAUUGUCACUGACGAUUCAGAUGUAUUCUUGUUUGGAGCUAGGAGUGUGUACAAAAAUAUAUUUGAUGAUCGCAAAUAUGUGGAGACAUACUUUAUGAAGGACAUUGAGAAGGAGCUUGGUUUGAGCAGAGAUAAAAUAAUCCGCAUGGCAAUGCUGCUAGGAAGUGAUUACACAGAAGGAAUCAGUGGAAUUGGUAUUGUCAACGCUAUUGAAGUUGUGACUGCGUUUCCCGAGGAGGAUGGGCUUCAGAAAUUUCGUGAAUGGGUUGAAUCACCUGAUCCAACCAUUUUAGGAAAGACUGAUGCAAAAACAGGUUCAAAUGUAAAGAAGCGUGGAUCUGACUCUGUAGAUAAUAAAGGAAGCAGCUCAGGUGCCUCGACUGAUGACACAGAAGAAAUAAAGAAAAUCUUCAUGGAUAAGCAUAGAAAGGUAAGCAAGAACUGGCAUAUUCCAUCUACUUUCCCUAGUGAAGCUGUUACUUCAGCCUACAUAAAUCCACAAGUGGAUCGGUCGACUGAGAUUUUCUCAUGGGGCAAACCUGAUCUCUUAGUUCUUAAAAAGCUAUGCUGGGAAAAGUUUGGUUGGAACAGUAAGAAGACAGAUGAUCUGCUACUACCUGUGUUGAAGGAGUAUGAAAAACGCGAGACGCAACUUCGAAUGGAAGCUUUCUACUCCUUCAGUGAAAGAUUCGCAAAGAUCCGUAGUAAAAGAAUCAAAAAGGCUGUCAAAGGAAUUGGCGGAGGUCUAUCAUCAGAAGUGAAUGAUCAUCCUUCCCAAGAAGGUCCAAGAAAUAAGAAAAGACUUGCUCCCCAUGACACUGAAGAUAACACUUCAGAGAAAGAUUCAAAUAAAGCUGAUGAGAAGGAGAAAAACAAAAGGAAUCGCUUAGAAAAAUCAUCUGGUAGUAGAGGCAGAGGUAGAACUCCAAAAAGAGGAAGAGGAAGAGGAAGAGGAAGGGGCCGAAGCAAUCUCCUCCCUGAGCUAUCUGACGGCAGCUCUGAUGAUGAUAAGGUGGUUGAAUUGCAGGCACCUCAUGAUGCAGAACCGAGCAAUCUUCAAAAAAUGCGAAGGUCAACGCGAUCUCGGAACCCUGUGAAGUACGAUCUGAAAGAAGAUGAUGAAAUCGACGAGUCAAGAAACAAUGGAGAAUCCCUUAUUGAGAAUUUGGAAGAUGAUGAAUUCCUCACAGAAGAAGGCAGAGUAGGAACCGUCUCUGCGGAAAGAACACAUAACGAAACAAACGAUUGUCCUUCUGAAGACUAUAUCCAAAUGGGAGGUGGGUUCUGUACAGAUGAAGCUGAGAUUGAAGAAGCUCACUUGGGUGAUAAAGCUACUGAUGAUUACAGAGUGAUGGGUGGCGGAUUCUGUGUCGAUGAAGAUGAAACAGGUGAGGAAGACGAUGCAAUGGAUGCAGAGAUGGUAGAGCCGGAGGAGAAUGAAGAACAUCGAAACAAAGCUAAACGUCGAAAUGAAGAGGAUGCAUCAUCAUUGGAGAAGAAUGUUGAGAUUGAAACUGGAAGUUCUUCGGCUGGAGGAUUAAGUGCUAUGCCUUUCUUGAAGAGGAAGAAGAGGAAGAGCUAAGAGAGAACUAACAUUUAUUAAGUAGGAAGUAAUGUAUGAUUUUGAGAUGGUUUCUUUUUGUUAUUGAUUUGACAUAAUUAACAAAUGAUAAUGAUGUGAAUAGAGAAUCUUGAAGGUCUAACUUUUAAAAAAGGAAGAAAGUUGGCAAACAAUAAAGGGAAACAGCAGAAAGAAUUUGUGAAGAAAUCGAGAAUCAAACUUCA